AUGAGACAGUACACCACUAGUUGCGUUCUCAAUCGGCGGCUCUGUUCUGUUGUGUCUCCAUUUCCCGUUGCCACUGCUGCCAAAGCAGCCAGAGCCCUGGCCCCACUCGUCUCUAGUCCUACUGCUACUACCACUGCCAAAGUCCUCGGACGUCGCGGUCUCCGUAAUUCCGUCAUCGCAGUACCUCCUCGAUCACACCCUCAAUCGUAUCCUGGAUCAAUCCCUCCUUCCAUCCAACUCUCGCUUGAAAGCGAUGCUUUAGCCAUCCAAUUUAGUCCUACCGAAAGAGUUGUUCAUCGAUUCCCUUACACAUGGCUCCGAGAUUCGGAUCCUCAACUCGUUCAUUCGGCUACGAGACAAAAACUUCAUUCAUCUUCUCAAGUUCCGCUUGAUGUUGGUGAACUCCCUCUUAAGGCGGAACUUACGGAAGAUGGAACUCGUGUGAAGAUCGUUUGGAAGUGGCCAAAUGAAACGGAAUUUAGCGUUGAGAUGUUAAAGAGGUACUCUCAUUUGACGCUCGAGGAUGCGUUUCGUCAUGCGAUCAAACCUUUCCCUUGGACGAAAAAGGAAUUGGUUCGAUCGGAUGAUCUAACAAUGUCGUACGGCAGUUUGUGUAUUUCAAAGGAUGAUGAUGCUGCUGUUCGUCGGGGGAUCGAACAAUUGCUCAAAUAUGGGAUAUUGUUCGUUGAAGGGAUCCCAUCUGAGGAGACGUCAGACGAACGAUGCGAAACGGGAAAACUUGCUAGAAUCUUUGGAAUCGUUCGGGAAACGAUUUACGGUCGUUUGUGGGAUGUCGUCUCUCGUGGUGAGACGAGUCGGAAUAUUGCCUAUACGAAUUUAGAUUUGGGAUCACAUAUGGACCUGGCCUAUUGCGAGAAUCCACCUCGAUAUCAGGUGUUACACAUGUUGAGGAAUACGGGAGUUGUGGGAGGGGAAAGUAUCUUUUCGGAUGGGUAUCAUGCGGCGUAUACGUUACUGGAAGAAGAUCGAGAGGCGUUCGAUGUGCUUUGUCAACGACCGGUUGCAUUUCAGUACAUGAACGAGCAUCAUCAUUUAUAUCGCGAACAUCGUACGAUCCAACUUGCCUCUUCCGUAGUCGUACCUGAAGUGGCGUACAUCAACUAUUCACCUCCUUUUCAGGCUCCGCUACCCCUUCACACAAGUCUAGAUUCGCGAUUUUUACCCGCUUUAAAGAAAUUCACAAAGUUACUUCACACGGACGAUCGGUUAUACGAACGAGCGAUGAAGCCGGGUAUGGCGGUUAUUUUUGAUAACAGGAGGAUCCUGCAUGGGAGAAGGGAAUUCCAAAGUCAGAGUCAGAGGAACGGUAGCGUAGUGGAGGAAGAAUUGGGGGUUCAAAGAUGGUUGAAAGGGUGUUAUCUGGAAGGGGACGUUUUGUUGGACAGACUUCGUGUUAUCAGGGAUGGUCGAGUGUUGGGUGGCGCAAGAGGGUAUGUAUGA